GGUCUCUUCUCUCUCGAUCGAGUUCUCUUCUCUCUCGCUCGAGUUCUCUCCUCCCGCGCGCGAGUUCCCUCGCUUGUGCUGAGUGUCUUGCGCCGGUCUGUCUCUGCACAUUCUCCAGGAGACUCGUCUCUGCGUUUUUAUUGGGUAGAGGCCGUGAGUCGCAUGCAGACUGGAGGCAGUGGCGAAGAACUCUGUGAGCUUGGUUUCCCCGAGCGGCCUGCCGAACAGCUCGGUUCGCACGGAAGCCGUCGAGAGCAGCUGCUUCCGCGAGUAGCUGUUCAUGAGUUGCUCGAAGGUGGCGGAAGACGAGGCGUCUCUCACCGACUUUUCGAAGAACUGGAGAGUGUAGUAGGUCCACCGGUCGAUGACGGCGACGCCGAGGAAGCCGUCUGCAUGGUGCGAGUAGCUGCUCUCUUUUGGACCGGAAGACGCGAGACCCAGGACGCCUGCCGUCGCCAUCGCGUCCAGCAGCGUACUGCCUUGGCAGGUUUCCGCGAUCAGCAGCAUCUCUCGGAAGCGCCGCUGGGCCUUCAUCUGCGCCACAGCAUCUGCCAAGUCGACACUGGAGAUCUCCUCCCAGUCCUGGAACUUCAAGAAGCCGUCUCCGCCGUGACCUGAGAGGUACAGCAACACCUGACUGUUCUCGUCGGUCAACAGGCGCUUCCCGCGCGGCGUCGCGGGAUUGUGGCGCCCUGCGAGCAGCUGCAGAAGAGUCGCGACCUGGACUUCGUCUCCGCGGUAGUCGACCUCGACGCUGCUGCCGCCUCCGGACCUGUCGCCUGCUCCGUAGAGAUUCAAGGUCCGCGUGUGAUCGUUGAAGAUCCGCCCUGGAAAGAAGUUCCGCGGCGAGCAGGCGUGAUCGUCAGAAAGCAUCAAGAUGAUCUGGCUGUCGGGGAUCCCCAGGCGCUUCACGGUGUGGUAAAUCGACAACGCGUUCGCUGUGUGCCGGUAGUUGUACCAGUACCGCGAGGUGUUCACGAUCACUGCCCAGUUGUUCCGAAAGUCGCCGGAGAAAAACGACGACAAAGACGGAGAAGAAGAAGAACGCGAGGAGGCGGAGGGAGCAGACGAGGCGCGAGAGAAGCAGACAGGUGACGACAGACAGAGAGAGAGGAGAGAAAAGAGAAAGAAACGGAGACGAGGCGAGAUGUGAGAAGAGCCAGAGGCUACAGGCGAGGCAGAAGCUGCGCAGAGAGACGCGAGUGAAGCAGAAAAAGAAGAAGAAGAAAAAGAAGAAGGAGAAGAAGAAGAAGAAGCCGCGGCGGGCGCGAGAGGCUCCGACGUCGCCAUCUUCUCAGAGACUCGGGGGAGCGAGACGAAGACCGUGCAUGCGCCGCCGAAGGAAACUUUUCUUCAGCUCGCAGAGACAGAGGGUCUCCCUUCUUUCUUACAAGCAGACCUGACGACUUGUCACACACAUCGUUGCUGCAGCAGGGAAAAACUCCUUGCCCUUUCUCGAUGUGCGGCGCAGACGGAAGGGGGAGGAGAAAGACAACAGGACAGGCGCGAGAAAACGCCUUGUUGACAGCGGUUUCCUGCUCUUCUUUCGAGCGUGAAAAGGCGGAGAAGACUUGAACAGAACAAGACACAGACAGCGAGAAAGAGGAGGUCUUUUCGCGAUUUUUUGUCCGCAACACAACAACAGAUAAGACAAGGGAAAGAAGUCCCCGCGAAACAAAGAACGACAAGCCGGGGAGUCUGGAGAAAGCCGCGAACGCCUUCUGUAGGAAGAGAAAGACAAAGUCGGAGAAGGGAGCCAAGACUUCAGGAAAGUGCGCACAAAACGAAAAUCCUGCUGUUCGCCUUCCUCACCCCCCUUUGUGUUUGCGCAUGCAACAGCUGGAAGAACGCAGGCCAACCAGCUGUGCGUCGCGGAGAAAAAACUCUUUCCUCUUUCUAGAAAACAAAGGAAUUUCCUGAUCUCUGAUUCCUCUCACCUGUUCCCUUUUUCUCUCCUUCUCGCGCUAUGAACAUAUUUUGUCCGUCCUCGACGUCCCGCCUUCUCUCUCUGUCACCCACCGUCUCCACGCAUCUCCCCUGUUUCUCUUCCUGUGUCACUGCGUCCUUUGCUUUUUGUGUGGAUUCUGCGCGGCUCUCGCCGCUCGUUUUGACUCUGCAUUUCAUCUCUUUCCUGACUGCUCCUCUUUCUCCCCAUCUCCAUUUUGUCUGCUUCUGUAUAUCUCUCUUUCUGUCUCUCUAUCUCGCCAUUUUCUCUCGGCAUCCGCGUCUCUAUCUACUUCUCUCUCCCGCUCUUGCUUCUCGCUCUACCUCCUUCUCAAGCGUCUCUCUGCCUUUCUGCGAGUUCUUUUUUCUCUCGCGCGCUCUUACUCCCUGUCUUAGUGUCUCAGUUCUCCCUUUUCUCGUCUCUCUGCAUUGUUCUUCGACUUCUUAUCUCCACUCUUUCGUCUCGCAUUCUCUCUCUGCCCUCUCCACCCUUUCCGCGUCCCCCGGCUCUUGCUCCUGCUGUCUUGUCUUCUUCUCUUCUUCCUUCACAAGGCACUGGGUGACAGGCGGACAGGCCGGCGGUGCCUGUGGGGCGCCAGUUCGGCACUGUCUGUCUUGCGAGGUUCGAAAUGUUUUCUUCUCAGUUCGCAUGGCAGACUCGGGAGCCGCUUCCCCAGUCACUAGGCGCCUGCUUGAGAGGCUCGCAAACGAGUGUCUCCCCGAUAAAUCUGUGAAAAGCUUCGAGAAAGGUUCGGCUUCUGCCUUUGAGAGAAAACAAGGGAAGAAGACGACCUUGUCUCCUGUCUCGCUAAUCGGAGAGCCCUUCCAAAGACACAGGCACCGAGUCGAUCUACUUGUAGAGCACCAGCUCGAAGUAUCUGUCUAUACACACGGUUCCAACCGUCGUAAACUACAGCUGGAAGUAUAUCUAUUCAUCUACACAACUUUAUAUAAAUAG